GCCAGGUUUCCAUGGCGGCGGCGGCGGCGGUAGUUGCAGCGGCUCCCGCGCUCUGGCGGCGGUUGCUGGAUUGUUUGCCUCGCGGGAGGCCGUCUCUGGCGGCGUUUUUCGGCAGGCUCUCGGGUCGCCUGAGUCGAGGCCAUGAAAGCAGCGCUCGCAGGUCAUCAUGGCUGCUGUUGGCUCCAUUACUCACUUCUGCGGUUCCACAACUGACUCUUCCCACCAAUUGCCUUAGCCCUGAGGGAACACAUAUUUUUCAAUGGAUCAGAAACUUGGUUCCAGAAUUUGGUAUUGCUGGCUCCCACAUCAAGGUGCUUUCAUCUCCAGCUGAAUUCUAUGAACUUAUGAAGGGACAGGCAAAGAUGGCUAAGCAACGAAUUGUUUUAGCUUCCCUGUAUCUUGGAACAGGAUCUUUGGAACAGGAAUUAGUGGAUUGUAUUGAAAUAGCUUUGGAAAGCUCAUUGAAGGAAUGUGGGAGUCCCAAUUUUAGAGUGUCCAUCCUGUUAGACUUCACAAGAGGAUCCCGAGGCCAGAAGAAUUCUCGAACCAUGCUGCUUCCACUCCUGAGGCGAUUUCCAGAUAAGGUCCGUGUCUCUCUCUUCCACACUCCUAAUCUACGUGGUCUUCUCAGACAUCUAAUUCCUGAGCGUUUUAAUGAGACCAUCGGGUUGCAGCAUAUCAAAGUCUAUCUCUUUGAUGAUAAUGUGAUCUUGAGUGGAGCCAACUUAAGUGACUCUUACUUCAGCAAUCGACAAGACCGUUACGUCUUCCUGCAAGACUCACCAGAAAUUGCAGAUUUCUUCACUGAGCUAGUAAAUGCAGUUGGGGAUGUAUCUUUACAGUUACAGCAAGAUGACACAGUCAAAACUACAGAUGGGAUGGUCCAUCCUUACAAAGGAGACAAGAUGGCCUAUUAUGAGAUGGCAAAUAAGAGAGUGAUGGAAGUGAUCAAUUCUGCCAGGAUCAAACAAGAACAAUUGCACACUCAGACUUCCUAUAGCAACAGUAUGGAAGGGGAAAUCUCAUCCUGUGAUCCAAAGGCAGUUGGUGAUAGGCAAUCAGAACCGGAUACAUGGAUUUAUCCACUAAUACAGAUGAAGCCGUUUGGGAUUCGGAUAGAUGAGGCUGUCACGAAGACCCUCCUUAUGGAAGCAGAGCAGAGUGCCAGCAUAUACCUCACCACAGGUUAUUUUAACCUCACAAAAACAUAUGUAGAUCUGAUUCUAGGCACGCGGGCAAAAUUCCAGAUUCUACUAGCCUCACCAGAGGUGAAUGGGUUCUUUGGAGCCAAAGGGGUGGCAGGUGCCAUCCCUGCUGCCUAUGUUUACAUUGAACAGCAGUUCUUCAGCAAGGUGUGUGGCCUGGGUCAGGAAGAGAGAGUUCAGCUGCAGGAAUAUACCAGGAGUGGAUGGACUUUCCAUGCCAAAGGUCUCUGGUUGUACCUCGCAGGAAGCAGCCUGCCCUGCUUAACUUUGAUUGGUUCUCCUAAUUUUGGGUACAGGUCAGUUCAUCGUGACCUGGAAGCACAGAUUGCAAUAGUGACAGAAAACAAAGCCCUACAGCAGCAGUUCCAUCAGGAGCAGGAGCAACUUUACUCUCGUUCUAGUACAGUGUCUUCCUCAACAUUUGAUCAGCCAAGUCGCUCUGUCAAGCUAUGGGUGAAGAUGUUGACGCCUCUGAUUAAGAACUUCUUCUGAAAUAAAGGGAGGCAGGUCUUCUUGGUUAAAAGUCCAGACGUAGGUGGGGCCUCUUGUGCGUGUCUUGUACACAGGACACUCAUACAUGUUCUUGAUAUCCAUGCGAUCCACAGGGAUGGCCUUGAUGAAAAUGACUGGCAUCGAAGGCGUCAGCUCCUUCAGGCGUGCAUCGCUGAUGACCCCGGUCUGAGUAUCCCAGCGUGCACCUGCAACAAUAUGGGACAGUACUCUCAAGAUCAGUUGUUUUGCAGCAAGGCUAAGGAAGGAGAAUCUGCACGAUUAUCAACCUGCUAACUUUUGCAAUAAGGCUACAAGACUUUGGCUUGCACAUGCUUUUGAUGCUACACUUAUAUACUUUACAGGACUAUAAACAAUUGGAUUCAUAUCUUGCACUUGGCAUAUAGCAGCUAUUCUUUUAUUACAGAAAGUUGUGCACUCCUACAAGUUCUUUUAACAUAAAGUCCAUUUAUACACAGGCUCGUUUAGCUCAACUUUAAAAAAAAAUGUAUCUUAGAUGCAACAUCCCCAAAGUAGAAAGCUGUCCUCUUGCUUUUUACUACAGCUGGGUGUGAUAAUGAAAUGGACAUCUGCUGCCCUCUACUGAUAUGAAAUAAAACAGGCAGCUAUCCAAACAUCUUGUUUAUCUUUUUGGUCGGUGGUGAUGGUGGGUGUCAAAUAUUUAUUUAUCAGAAUGAAUUUGGAGAAUUAAUUAUGUUUCUGCUAUGGGUGCAAAUAAUAUUGCUUAGUGAUUGAUUUCUAGCAUAAUUUCUGUCAAAUAGUAUGAAAGUUGGACACUGAAAAAAAAUGAGAGAAAUAGAAAUAUAAUUGUCUUUGAAUUAUAAAUCUGGAGAUGAUGAAUAAGGGUACCACAGACUGCAAUAAUCAUUCAAUAAAACCCGGACCAAAUUAAAACUGACUGUUCUUUUGCAGCAAUGAUCAACAACCGAAGCAAAUAGGUGAUGGGCUAGGUUUUUUCCUAUGUUGUAGAUAGAUGGAUCAAAAAAAUGACAGGACUGUCCUUGGAAUAGCUAUGAGAUGCACUACGGGUCAGGCUGAGGUAAUGAAUAUUCAUCCAUGCAGUGACCAGGUGUCAGGACUUAAACUACCAAAGAGGAAAUUUAAUUUCCAAGUUACUCAAAGCUAUUGCGUUCCUGAUAUACUACUGGCCUGCAACCCUCAGUGUUCCCAUGGUAAUUAUAGAAGCUGUCAUUGAGCAGUAGUUGAAGAAUCCUACCCUGUUCUUUAAUUUUGGAGAAUGUGAAAUGGGCACCUGUAUUCUUUUAUUGUUAUUCAUUACAGAAUUGUAUAACAGAUGCAACAUUGUAGAAGAAGCCUGAAAACAACAUUCUGAAAAUAAAUCUCUUUCUCAGUAA